AUGCUCAAAUCAAGUCCGUUUAAACAUAAACCGCUGAGUGUUGAAGAAAAAUCAAAAACAGAAAUUCGAAUACUGACAUUAAUUCAUAAAUUCUGGUUACUGGAUGGAAAAGGUCAGAUAAGGCUAGUUGUCAAAAGAUGCGUGGAAUGCAUUAGACAUCGUCCUGUGAUACUUCAAGGGAAGAUGGCUGACCUACCUAGUGCCAGAGUUACAGAAUCAGCCGCGUUUUCUCACGUGGGAGUAGACUAUUUUGGACCUUUAUUCAUAAAAGAACGAAAAUUUAGAAAUCGAACUAAGGUUAAAGUCUAUGGGUGCAUUUUUAUUUGCAUGGCCACUAAGGCGGUCCAUCUUGAGAUUGCUAGCGACCUGACUACGGAUGGCUUCCUGGGAGCUUUCGGACGGUUUAUUGGUCGCCGGGGGGUCCCGUCUCAUGUUUAUUCUGAUAAUGGUACCAAUUUUGUAGGCACUAAUAACCAAUUACAAGAACUUUAUGCACUUUUUACAUCUAAAUCUCAUCAAAAUUUAGUCAAUGAUUAUGCAGUUAGAAAAAACAUUGUUUGGAAAUUCAAUCCACCCGCAUUUUGGGGGCAUUUGGGAGGCGGCAGUAAAGUCUUUUAA